AUGCGCCCGGGGGGACCAGCACAAGUCUCGGGGUCGCCGGCGUCCGACGGGUCGCUGUGCGGGGAGCUGCUGCAGGCCCCGCCGCCCCCGGCCUUGCAGCCGUCUCCGGCCGCGCCCUCGGGGCUGCCGCUCCCCGCUUCGUUUGGCGCGACCCUCAACCGCCUUCCGGAGCCGCUGCUGCGGAGACUCAGCGGGAGCCUGGACCGAGCGCCCGAGGGCCGGGGCUGGAGGAGGCUGGCCGAGGUGGCGGGGAGUCGGGGGCGCCUCCGUCUCAGUUGCCUGGACUUGGAGCAGUGUUCUCUUAAGGUCUUGGAGCCUGAAGGAAGUCCAAGCUUAUGUUUACUGAAGCUGUUGGGUGAGAAAGGUUGUACGGUCAUGGAACUGAGUGACUUCCUGCAAACUAUGGAGCACACAGAGGUUCUUCUGCUUCUUAGCCCCCCAGGCAUAAAGAUCACCGUCAACCCAGAGUCAAAGGCAGUGUUGGCUGGACAGUUUGUGAAACUGUGUUGCCGGGCAACUGGACAUCCCUUUGUACAAUAUCAAUGGUUUAAAAUGAAUAAAGAGAUCCCAAACGGAAAUGCAUCAGAACUUAUUUUUAACACAGUGCAUGUAAAAGAUGCAGGCUUUUAUGUCUGUCGAGUUAAUAAUAAUUUCACCUUUGAAUUCAGCCAGUGGUCACAGCUGGAUGUUUGUGAUGUCACUGAAGUAACAGAAAGCUUCCAGGGAAGUGUGGAUGGCAUCUCUGAACCCAAGUUGCAAAUCUGCGUUGAACCAAGGUCCCAAAAGCUGAUGCUUGGUAGCACAUUGGUCUUACAGUGUGUUGCUGUUGGAAGCCCUAUUCCUCACUACCAGUGGUUCAAAAAUGAAUCACCAUUAAUACAUGAGACAAAAAAGCUAUACAUGGUACCUUAUGUGGAUCUGGAACAUCAGGGAACCUACUGGUGUCAUGUAUAUAAUGACCGAGACAGUCAGGAUAGCAAGAAGGUAGAAAUCAUCAUAGGAAGAACAGAUGAGGCAGUGGAGUGCACUGAAGAUGAAUUAAAUAAUCUUGGACAUCCUGACAAUAAAGAGCAAACAACUGAUCAGCCUUUGGCAAAGGACAAGGUUGCUCUUUUGAUAGGAAAUAUGAAUUACUGGGAGCACCCCAAGCUUAAAGCUCCUUUGGUGGAUGUGUAUGAAUUGACCAAUUUGUUAAGACAACUAGAUUUCAAAGUUGUUUCACUGUUGGAUCUUACUGAAUAUGAGAUGCGAAAUGCUGUGGAUGAAUUUUUACUACUUUUAGACAAAGGAGUGUAUGGAUUAUUAUAUUAUGCAGGGCAUGGUUAUGAAAACUUUGGCAACAGCUUUAUGGUCCCUGUUGAUGCUCCAAAUCCAUAUAGGUCUGAAAACUGUCUAUGUGUACAAAAUAUACUGAAAUUGAUGCAAGAAAAAGAAACUGGACUUAAUGUGUUCUUGUUGGACAUGUGUAGGAAAAGAAAUGACUAUGAUGACACCAUCCCAAUCUUGGAUGCGCUGAAAGUCACCGCCAAUAUUGUGUUUGGAUAUGCCACGUGUCAAGGAGCAGAAGCUUUUGAAAUCCAGCAUUCUGGGUUGGCAAAUGGAAUUUUCAUGAAAUUUUUAAAAGAUAGAUUAUUAGAAGACAAGAAAAUUACUGUGUUACUGGAUGAAGUUGCAGAAGAUAUGGGUAAAUGUCACCUUACCAAAGGCAAACAGGCUCUAGAGAUUCGGAGUAGCUUGUCUGAAAAGAGAGCGCUUACUGACCCAAUUCAGGGAACAGCGUAUUCUGCGGAGUCUCUGGUACGGAAUCUGCAGUGGGCCAAAGCACAUGAACUCCCAGAAAGUAUGUGUCUUAAAUUCCAGUGCGGUGUUCAGAUUCAGCUGGGGUUUGCUGCCGAGUUCUCCAACGUCAUGGUAAUCUACACGAGCAUAGUCCACAAGCCACCGGACGUGCUGACGUGCGACGCCUACGUCACUGAUUUUCCUCUUGACUUAGAUAUUGAUCCAAAAGAUGCAAAUAAAGGGACGCCUGAAGAAACUGGCAGCUAUUUAGUAUCUAAGGAUCUUCCCAAGCAUUGCCUCUACACCAGGCUCAGUUCACUGCAAAAAUUAAAGGAACAUCUGAUCUUCACAGUCUGCCUGUCAUAUCAGUACUCAGGAUUGGAAGAUACCGUAGAGGAGAAGCAGGAGGUGAAUGUUGGGAAACCCCUCAUUGCCAAACUGGACAUUCACCGAGGUUUGGGCAGGAAGACUUGCUUCCAAACUUGUAUUAUGUGUAAUGGCCCUUACCAGAGCUCGGCAUCCACCUCAGCGGGAGCCGGCCAUUACCACUCAACUCAAGACUCAUUCCACGGUGUUUACCAUUCGCAUCUUGGUAACUCCAGUAACGUCUUGCCGUCAGAUGGCUGUCACUGCAGCCGGAUGGCAGAUGCAUUUAUUUCAAGUCACCACACCCACCAUUAUCCAUGCCAGUUUGGUAGGAGCAACGUGCCGGUGGAGACAACUGAUGACAUGCCAUUCAGUCUCUCUGAGGGGCUCCGGAUUUCUGAAAAGUGACCUUGUUUUUGGAAGUUAUUGUAAUUUCUAGAAGCCUCGUAUGCAACAGCACUGACAUGAAGAGAGGCAUUAUGAAAAAGCAAAUACACGUAUUUGUACAGAGAGAAGUUUAGUAAUGGUAUUUCCUGGCAAACCCAGGACCUUGAGGUGUUGGAAUUAUAUUACCCACAGACUUCCUCCUUGUUCUCUUUUAAGAGUUGGUGAAUUGGUUGAUUUGUUCUGUAAGAAUGAAGGAUGGAUGUGUAUAUGUUUAUAGCAAAAAUAUUUUCAUUUUGAGCACCCUGAAGUAAGUACAAUGGGAAUGGCAUUGUAAGUCACUUGUAUUUUUAGAAUCAGGAAAAAAAACCUUGGUGAUCAUCAGGCUUAACCUAGUUUCAUCAGUGGGAGAAACAGAUUGAGGCAUCUUGUUUACGUUAGAGCUGGCCCCAGAACUGAGACCUCCAGAUUUCUGUUCCAGUGUUUAUUCCACUAUACACUGCCAUCCCGACAGGUUCUGAGAUAGGUAUUAUGUUUGUAGAUAGAUUUAAAGAUAAUAUGUAAAUAUGCAUGUCUGUAUAUAAUCUAGAAAUGUACAAACUUUAAUUUGUGAUUAUAGGACUUUACUGUGAGUGUCAGUUAAGAUGUUUGUAUAUAAAUCUUAUGUAGAACAGGCUGAAGUUUCUUGUUCCUAAGGUCAUGAAGGCACAUGGAGAGGUGAUGAAAUAUUUGUCUCUGUUAGAGCAAGACAGCAGGAUAACUCUGCUACUGGAUGAUCUUGGCAGCUGGUGACUGAAUCUUACAAACACUGGAUAUGUCUUCCUUGAUAACAUUUUCUUAAUGAAUUUUACUGGCCUUAAGAGAUAAUCUUACCACCUUUUGUCCUACCUAAAGCAAGUUAAAAAGGCAACUGCCAAUAACAAAAAUAUUGAAUUAGUAAUUUUAAAACGUUCUGCAAAGGAAAUACCAGGCCCAAAUGGCUUCACUGCUCUAUUCUACCAAACAUUUAAAGAAUUAGCACCAGUCCUUUGCAAACUCUCCUCAAAAAUGGAAGGAGAGAGAACACUUCCCAACUCAUUUUAUGAAGCCAGUAUUACCCUGAUACAAAACCAGGUGAAGACAUCACAAGAAAAAAAAAGAUCAGUAUCUGUUAUGAAGAGACUCAAAAGCCAUCAACAAAAUACUAGCAAACUGAGUCUAGCAACUAAGGAUUUGCUAGUCUAGCAACUAGCAAAAAAAGGAUUAUAUACCAUGACCAAGUAAGAUUUGUCCCAGGAAUGCAAGGUUUGUUUAACAUCCAAAAAUCAAUGUCAUCUGCAAACGAUUCUCAUUAUUCACAGUAGUUAUAGUCUAGAAAGUCACUAUGAAUACUGAACUAGUGAAUGCAGAGCCAUUGCUCCUGGGGGAAAUGUGUGUGUAUUCAUAUCUCAAAUAGAUUAUAAUCUUAAAUCCUGGAAAUUUAUCCUGGUAUACUGUUUUAUUUUACAAAAGAGAAAAUGAGGUUCAGAAACGUUAAGUGACCUUUCUGAGGCCACGCCACCCCACUAAUUACUGCCAGAAUUGGGAUUCAUACCUGUCCGACUGCUCCCAGAGCCAAAGCUUACACAGCCCUGCCUCCGCACCCCCCCUCCAUCUUCUGGUCAUGUCUGGGGGUGGGGGCUGAAACAGGAAGGCAGAAGCAUUGUCUUGUUCACCCCCACUGGGAAGAUGCAUAUGGGGAAACUCAAAAUUUUCGUGGGUCUGCACAUAUCUAUGAAUGAUCAUAAAAGUGGUGACAGUUUUGGGGUUUUUUUUUUUUAAGAUUUUAUUUAUUUGACAGACACAGCGAGAGAGGGAACACAAGCAGGGGGAGUGGGAGAGGGAGAAGCAGGCUUCCCCCGGAGCAGGGAGCCCGAUGCGGGGCUCCAUCCCAGGACCCUGGGAUCAUGACCUGAGCCGAAGGCAGGCACUUAACAACUGACCCACCCAGGCACCCCCAUGGUGACAGUUUUGAUUUGGGGAUUACAAACAAAUUUUACAAAUAAAUUGGUAAAUUCAUAAAUACAGACUCAUAAAUAAUGAGAAUCAAUUGUCCCAUGUUCAUAAAGGACAAAAUUUAGGACAAUUUAAAGGACAAUUUAAUUGUCUUAACAGUUGCAGAACAUUUGAUAAAAUUCUGCACCCUUUCAUGAUAAAAAUACCUAACAAACUAGGAAUAAAAUGGAAAUUCCUCAGUAUGAUAAAGAGCAUCUACAAAAAGUCCACCCUCAACAUCAUUAUUGGCAACAGACUGAAUGCUGAAUGUCCUUGUCCCCAAAAUCAGGAACAAGACAAGGAUGUUCACUCUCACCCCUUUUAUUCAACAUUGUACUUGAGUUUCUAGCCAGGGCAAUUAGGCAAGGAAAAGAAAGAAAAGUCAACCAUACUGGAAAAGAAGUAAAACUAUGUAUUCACAGAUGGCAUAAUCUUAGUAGAUAGAAAAUUCUAAGAAAUUCAUUUAAAAACUAAAUGAGUUCACCAGGCUACAGGAUAGAUACAAGAUCAGUAUACAAAGAUCAGCUUUAUUUCUGUCAGCAGUGAAUGUUCUGAAAUUGAGAUUUUUAAAAAUUCUAUUUACAAUAGCAUCAAGAUGAAUAAAAACUAUGCCACAUUGUUGAAAGAAAUUAAGACCUAAAUAAACAAAUACAUUUUUGUUCAUGGAUUGGAAGACUUUACAUUGUUAAAAUGAAAAUGCUCCCCAAAUUGCUCCACAGGGUUCCUGCAGUUCCUGUCAAAAUCCCAGCUGGCUUGUUUGCAAAAAUUGACCAACUGAUAAAAUUCAUACAGAAAUACAAACUGAUAAAAUUCACAUGGAAAAUACAAAAGCCAAAAUAAUCUUGAAAAAGAACAAAGUUGGAAGACUCACACUUAACCAAUUGCAAAACUUAACUACAAAGCUACAGUAACCAAGAUAGUGAUACUAGCAUAAAGAAACAUGGAUUAAGGGAAUAUAAAAUAUAACCGAGAAUCCAGAAAUAAGCCUAUAAUGUUUAUGAUCAAUUGAUAUUUGACAAGACUGCCAAAGCAUUCAAUAAGAGUAAUCUUUUCAACAAAUAGUCCUAGGACAACUGUAAAGCCACAUGCUAAAGGAUUCCCCUCCUCACAGAUUUCAGCCCAAGAUGGAUCACCUACCUAAAUGUAAGAGCUACAGCUCUAAAACUGACAAGAGAACAUACAAGCAAGUCUUUGUGACCUUGGACCAAGCAAUGGUUUCUUACAUACAACACCAAAUGCACAAGCAACAAAGAAAAUAAAUUGGACUUGCUCAGAAUGAACUUUCAUGUUUUAAAGAACACCGUCAAGAAAGUGAAAAGACAACCCACAGAAUGGGAGAGUUUUUGAAAAUUAUGUCUGAUAAAGUACUUGUAUCCAGAAUGUAUACAGAACUUUUAUAAUAAUCAGCCAUUUAUAUACUAGUGCUUAAUUAUGGUUACUGUAGAGCAAUAACCAGUGAACUGUCCGACGGGCCUUCUGUGUGGACGCUGUGUGUGCACUCAGGGUGUGCCAGCCCCUAGCCCUGUGGUGGUAAUGGAGCAAUGGACGUGCAGCUAGUGGCUUCCAUAUUCAACUGUGCAGCUGUUCAUUCUGUAUAUUUGAAUUUUUUAAACAUGUAUUUAUAAUUUUAAAACUUUUUAAAAUAGCAAU